AUGACUUGGAAUAGAGCAGAGGGGUUCACAGAUCCAGAUAAUCACAUUGAUUGGGAGUUUGGAAAGGAGCGGGCUGGUUGUGUUUUACAAGACAGAAAUUUGACAUUUGUUAAUGUCUACAAUGCCAGUCACAUGCUUCCAUACAAUGUUCCAGAGAUUUCCAGAUCGCUGUUUCAAUUUGUAACUGGAACAGACCAAAAGAGAGACGGCAAGAUAGUCACUAC